CUACUGUUGCUGCUGUGGACAGGAAGUCUGAAUCUAACACUUCACUGUGGUCAAAGCUGCUCCUGCAUACUUUAUGAACGCUGAGUAAAAGGGGAGGAAACACAGGCACAUUAGAGAAUGACAUUUUUUUUAGUGCCUUAAAUGCAACCUCUGUUUUUGUUUUUAGUACUUUAGCGAGAGCAAAGUGCAGCUGCUCCAAUUAGCUGUGCAGCAGAUCUGGAAGUGAACAUGGGGGAAACUUUACUCUGCAGACUGGGCUUCUUUUUGUUUUGGUCCCUCUGCUGUGGAAAUCCUGAAGCAGAUGAACCCAGAGCCAAACUGACAGCAGACAGAACAAUCAUACCAGCAGGGGGCAGCAUAAUACUGAGCUGCUCUGUGGACGAAUCUGAUGACUGGAAGUUUGACUGGUUCAGAAAUGAUCAACAAUAUUCUGCAGAUCAGUUCAGAGGAACCAGUGAACCAUACAGAGUUAUUUAUGUCUCAGAGGGAGGAGAGUACAGCUGCAGAGGAGGAAGAGGAGAUCCAGUUUUCUAUACUGAAACCAGCAGAGAGGUCACUAUUCAGAAAACAGUUUCCAAGCCGACUGUGAUCCUACAACCCAAUCGGACUGUUGUAUAUAGAGGAGAGAAAGUCACUCUGAGAUGUGAGAUCUGGGGAGCAGGAGGAACUCAGUGGACGUAUGAAUGGAAAACAAACAAUGGAAACGCUGAAAAAAGAUCCAAGGAAUACCGAAUCAACAGAGUCUCUUACACCAACAGUGGAGAGUACAGCUGUAUGGCUAGAGGAGGUCAUCAGCUAACAGAAUGGAGCGAUGCCGUCACACUGACAGUGAGACCAGAUAAACCCAGAGCAACACUGACAGCAGACAGAACAAUCAUACCAGCAGGGGGCAGCAUAACACUGAUCUGCUCUGUGGACGAAUCUGAUGACUGGAAGUUUGACUGGUUCAGAAAUGAGCAACAAUAUUCUGCAGCUCGGUUCAGAGAAAACAGUGAUCCAUACAGAGUCAUCAGUGUCUCAGAUGAAGGUGUUUACAGCUGCAGAGGAAGAAGAGGAGAUCCAGUCUUUCAAACGGAAGAAAGCAGCCAAGUCACUAUUCAGAAAACCGUUUCCAAGCCGACUGUGAUCCUACAACCCAAUCGGACUGUUGUAUAUAGAGGAGAGAAAGUCACUCUGAGAUGUGAGAUCUGGGGAGCAGGAAGAACUGAGUGGACGUAUGAAUGGAAAAGAAACAAUGGAAACGCUGAAAAAAGAUCUGGUGAAUACAGAACCAUUACAGUCUAUGAAUAUCACAGUGGAGAGUACAGCUGUAUGGCUAGAGGAGGUCAUCAGCUAACAGAAUGGAGCGAUGCCGUCACACUGACAGUGAGGCCAGAUAAACCCAGAGCCAAACUGACAGCAGACAGAACAAUCAUACCAGCAGGGGGCAGCAUAAUACUGAUCUGCUCUGUGGACGAAUCUGAUGACUGGAAGUUUGACUGGUUCAGAAAUGAGCAACAAUAUUCUGCAGCUCGGUUCAGAGGAAACAGUGAUCCAUACAGUGACAUCAGUGUCUCAGAGGGAGGAGUCUACAUCUGCAGAGGAGGAAGAGGAGAUCCAGUUUUUAAAACUGCAUUAAGUGGUAAAAUCUCUGUUCUGAAAACUGUUUCCAAGCCGACUGUGAUGCUACAACCCAGAGGACCUGUUGUAUAUAGAGGAGAGAAAGUCACUCUGAGAUGUGAGAUCCAGGAAGGAGGAAGAAGAACUCAGUGGAUGUAUGAAUGGAAAAGAAACAAUGGAAAUGCUCAAAGAAGAUCUGGUGAAUACAGAACCAUUACAGUCGAUGAAUAUCACAGUGGAGAGUACAGCUGUAUGGCUAGAGGAGGUCAUCAGCUAACAGAAUGGAGCGAUGCCGUCACACUGACAGUGAGACCAGAUGAACCCAGAGUCAAACUGACAGCAGACAGAACAAUCAUACCAGCAGGGGGCAGCAUAACACUGAGCUGCUCUGUGGACGAAUCUGAUGACUGGAAGUUUGACUGGUUCAGAAAUGAUCAACAAUAUUCUGCAGAUCAGUUCAGAGGAAACAGUGAACCAAACAGAGACAUCAGUGUCUCAGAUGGAGGAAAGUACAGCUGCAGAGGAGGAAGAGGAGAUCCAGUUUUUCAUACAGACAAAAGCAACGUUCAGAAAAUUGUGUCUGGGCCGACUGUGAACCGGCAUCCCAGCUGGCCUGUUGUAUUCAGAGGAGAGACGGUCACUCUGAGAUGUGAGAUGCAGGAUGAUGAAGGAACUCAGUGGACGUAUGAAUGGAGUCCAAGCAAGAGAAAAUCUCCAACAUCCAAUGAAUACAGGAUCAGCAGCGUCUCUGAGUCUGACAGUGGGAGCUACUGGUGUUUGGCUAGUAAAGGCUAUCAGACAUCAGACUGGAGCUCUGAAUUUAAACUGACAGUAAAAUCAAAUCGACCCAAAGCCUCACUAACAGCAAGAGUUAACAUCAUACCAGCAGGGGGCAGUGUAACACUGAGCUGCUUUAUGGACAUCGGUGUUGGCUGGAAGUUUGACUGGUUCAGACUGGAGUCCAAGUCUUCUACAGCUCAGCCCAUCAGAACCAAUGAAUCGGAUGGAGUCCUCUCCAUCUCAGAGGGAGGAGAGUACAGCUGCAGAGGAGGAAGAGGAGAUCCAGUUUUCUAUACUGAAACCAGCAGAGAGGUCACUAUUCAGAAAACAGUUCCCAUUACACCAACUGUGAUCCAACAUCCCAGUUGGGCAAAGAUCUACAGAGGAGAGAGAGUCACUCUGAGAUGUGAGAUCCAGGAUGAUGGAGGAACUCAGUGGACGUAUGAAUGGAAACCAACCAAUACAAACUCUCCAACAUCCAGUGAAUUCAUGAUCACUGCUUAUAACAGUGGAGAUUAUAGCUGCAGAGGAAGAAGAGACAGUUUCACCUUAACAAAGUGGGGAUUCAUCACAUUAACAGUGUUCACACCCAAACCUCAGCCUGUCCUCUCUGUGUCUCCAUCAUGGCCGAAUCCUGGAGCCUCAGUGACUCUGAGCUGUGAGUGUUUGGAGCUUCAAUCAGCAGGAUGGAGGUUCUUCUGGUAUAAAGCUGUUCCUGAUCCAUCCAGCAGUACCUACAGAUUUGAGUUGCAUCCUGGCAGCACCAAUGGGACUGAGCAGAACUCCUUCAUCAUUAGUGGACCGACUCACACAGCAGGAUUUGUGUGCAGAGCAGGAAGAGGAGAACCAAAGUUUUACUCUAAUUACAGUGAACUAAAGUUUGUCUGUUCCGCAGACUCUCAUCCAGCAGCUUCUCUCUCAGUGAGUCCUGACAGAGUUCAACAUUUACUUAAUCAGUCUGUCACAAUGAAAUGUGGUGGGAACGACACCAAGUGGAGAAUGAGGAGGUUUACAGAAUCAACCAGUCCAUCAUACGUUCAGUGCUCCAACUGGGGGAGGAUGAAUGGAUCCUCAUGUACCAUUAACAGACUGGAGGAUCACAGUGGAGUUUACUGGUGUGAGUCUGGAUCUGGAGAAUUCAGCAACGCAGUCAACAUCACUGUACAGGAUGAUGAUCAUGAUGAUGUUAUCCUGGUGAGCCCUGUUCAUCCUGUGACUGAAGGAGAUCCUGUUACUCUUAGCUGCAGAGAUAAAAAACAAAAUCUUCUCUCCAAUGUGUUUUUCUAUCAUAAUAAUAAACUCAUCAAUAAUGACAGUAGAGAGGAGCUGAAUAUCUCUGCAGUGUCAAAGUCAGAUGAAGGUUUCUACAAAUGUCAACAUUCAGGAAAAGAGUCACCAAGGAGCUGGAUGUCUGUUAGAGUAACUGUAUCCAGUCCUGUCAGUUCUUCAUUUCCUGUCAUGUUGAUCGUUGGAUCAGUUGUUGGAAUCGUUCUCAUUAUUCUCAUUAUUCUCCUGAUCUUGUUGUGGCGCUGCAGACGGUCCAAAGAUUCAUGGUGUAUCAGCUCCAAUCAGUCAGAGAGCAGCAAUCAGAGCUCCAACAGAAACGACGUCGUCAACCAGACUGGAAGCCAUGAUUGCAACGCUCUUCUUCACGAUGAUGUUGGUCUCUAUGAGUCGGUCAAAUCUCAUGGAGCUGCAGGAGACGGUGAUGCUCAUUUCUAUGAGUCGGUUAAAUACCCUGAAACUGCAGGAGAAGAAGAAUCGGAAGGUGCUGCAUAUUGUCUCGUUGAAGUGGUGAACGUAGGACACAAGAGGAAGCCUCAUGAGCGCACUCCUUACUCUGUACUGAGAACAGGAGAUUCAGGAACAUGGAGUCCUGCAGCAACUGAUGAGGCCGUUUAUUCAGAAAUCGCCAUGGAUACCGCAAGCUAAGCUGGUUCAAGCUGCUAAACACGAGACAAACUUUGCUAUAGGGAUGUAAAGAAAGCUGCGUUUAUAAACACAAAGCAUUUCAACAAUAAAAUGAUAUAUAGCCAGAUGUUUUGUAGUUUUGAUAUACAUGCUUAUGAAGGAUCAAUAUUGUUUUUGAGCAUAAUCUAUCAGCUUUUUAUUUAAUUCAUGUUUGAGAAUUUGCAACAUUGCAUUUAGGCUUUUUGAGAAAGUAGCGAGAGGGAAAAGUGAGAUAUAUGAACUUCUGUAACUCAGGAACUUAGGAGCUUUUUUGCCUGACUAAAUUUAAAACGAUGUUAAUUUCGCACAUAGCAUAGAUAAACUUUUAAUUGUCAUUAAAUUUGAGCCACAAUCCCCAGAAUUACAAGCAAUAAAAUCUUGUAAUAUCUCA